AUGUCGAAAGAUAUUGCUUCCAUGAGAGAAAUACAACACAACCGACAACUCAUUAUACAAGCUCUAAAUAAGAACACAACAAACUUUUCAAACUAUUCUAAGAUAUCUGAGUCAUUGAAAGAAGGAAACUUAAAACUGACAUUAAACCCAAUGACAGAUGAGUUUCUGUUUCAAGACAAUAAGAACCAUACUGUCUGUAUAAAUCCAACAAAAGGAACUUUAAACGAGAAACCUAUAAAUGAACUUCUUUUAAAGGCAGAUGUUGACAACAAAGCUGACAAAGAAUAUGUCAUUGAAAAAGUUCAAGAAGAACAUGACAGAGCAGAUGCAACAUAUGCAACGAAAGAGGAUGUUGAAAAGAAAGCUGACAAAACAUAUGUUGACAAUAAAAUGUCAAGUGAAGUGACAAGA